CUCAGCCAGGCCAGCAGCCCCUCCUCGCCCAUGGCCCUCCUGCUGUCUCUGCUCACGGCCCUGGUGGUAAUCAGCUGUGGCCCCGGUGGCUCUCUGGGCUGUGACCUACCUCAGAGCCACAUCCUGCUCAGCAAGGAGAACGCGCUGCUUUUUAGGCGAAUGUGGAGAAACUCCACUUCUUCCUGCCCGAAGGACGGAAGAGACCUCCGAUUGCCCCGGGCGAUGGUAAAUGGCAGCCAGGUGCAGAAGGCCCAGCCCAUCGCCGUCCUCCACGAGAUGCUCCGGCACAUCUCCGACCUCUUGCUCACAGAGCACGCCUCCGCUGCCUGGGACACGACCCUGCUGAACCAGCUGCGCAUGGGACUCCAUCGGCAGCUGGCAGACCUGGAGCCCUGUUUGAAGCAGGAGACGGAAGAGGAAGGAGCUGUCCCGCCAACCCAGGGACCUACACUGGCUGUGAGGAGGUACUUCGAGGGCCUUUGUCGCUACUUGAAAGACAAGAAGUACAGUGACUGUGCCUGGGAUCGUGUCCAAGUGGAAAUCUUGAAAUCCUGGUCUUCGAUACUUAACCUUACAAGACAUGUUAAGUAAUAGGGACGGAGACCUGCGCUCACCUUGAUGCGAUCGUCACCCAUGAACG